AUGGAGAAGGGAAUGAACGUUCUACACGACUUUGGGAUCCAGUCAACACACUACCUCCAGGUGAAUUACCAGAACUCCCAGGAUUGGUUCAUCUUGGUGUCCGUGAUUGCAGAUCUCAGGAAUGCCUUUUAUGUCCUCUUCCCCAUCUGGUUCCAUCUUCGAGAAGCUGUGGGCAUCAAACUCCUCUGGGUAGCUGUGAUUGGAGACUGGCUCAACCUCGUCUUUAAGUGGGUUCUCUUUGGACAGCGCCCAUACUGGUGGGUUCUGGACACCGACUACUACAGCAAUACCUCGGUGCCGCUGAUAAAGCAGUUCCCGGUCACCUGUGAGACCGGCCCAGGGAGUCCCUCUGGCCACGCCAUGGGUACAGCAGGUGUAUACUAUGUGAUGGUUACAUCCACCCUCUCUAUCUUUCGGGGAAAGAAAAAGCCAACCUACGGAUUUCGGUGCUUGAAUGUCAUGUUGUGGUUGGGAUUCUGGGUCGUGCAACUGAAUGUCUGCCUGUCACGGAUCUACCUUGCUGCUCAUUUUCCCCAUCAAGUUGUUGCUGGAGUCUUGUCAGGCAUUGCGGUUGCUGAGACUUUCCGCCACAUCCAGAGCAUCUACAAUGCCAGUCUCAAGAAGUACUUUCUUAUCACCUUCUUCCUGUUCAGUUUCGCCAUUGGAUUUUACCUGUUGUUAAAGUGGCUGGGGGUCGACCUGCUGUGGACUCUAGAGAAAGCCAAGCGAAGGUGUGAGCGGCCAGAGUGGGUCCACAUUGACACCACGCCCUUUGCCAGCCUCCUCAAGAAUCUGGGGACCCUCUUUGGCUUGGGUCUGGCUCUCAACUCCAGCAUGUACCGGGAGAGCUGCAAGGGCAAACUGAGCAAGUGGCUCCCAUUUCGCCUCAGCUGCAUCGUGGCCUCCCUCGUCCUCCUGCACCUCUUUGACUCUCUGAAACCCCCCUCACAAAUCGAGCUGAUCUUCUAUGUCCUGUCCUUCUGCAAGAGUGCAGCGGUGCCCCUGGCAUCUGUCAGCCUCAUCCCCUACUGCCUCGCCCGGGUGCUGGGCCAGCCCAACAAGAAGACUUUGUAA